AGUCGCACGGAUUCGCGGCCCGCGCUAACACGCUAGUCGCUCCGAUUCUGAAUCCGAUUGCCAGUCUUAGCAAGGUCGCUCUCAAGUCGACACGCGAGUGCAAGAGCACAGACAUAACUUUAAACGCGCGAAAAAUGGCAGCUACCGAAGAACUAAGUGGAAUUCUAAUGAGGAGACAGGCGAUCAACGACAAACUCGAUGAGGGCUUAGAUAUUAAACCGAAAUAUAAAUUCGUGAAUGUAUUCACCGAGUUCCACGAAUUUAGCAGAAAGGAAAUAAAACAGUACGAGCAAACCUUCAACAAAUUUGACGAGGGCCGAGAUGGCUAUCUAGACUUAAACGAAGUAAAACGCAUGAUGGAACGUUUGGGGGCUCCUCAAACACACCUUGGAUUGAAAGCUAUGAUUUCAGAAGUAGACGAAGAUGGCGACAACAGAAUUAGUUUUAGGGAGUUCUUGCUUAUAUAUAGAAAAGCGCGGGCAGGAGAACUCGAGUCGGAUUCAGGGUUAGAAGCAUUCGCGAGACUCACCGAAAUAAACGUGGACCAAGUCGGUGUUAACGGAGCGAAGAAUUUCUUCGAAGCCAAAAUUGAGGAACUAGCGAAAACUAACAAGUUCCAUGACGAAAUAAUACAAGAACAGGAAGAAAAACGUCGAGAGGCAGAAGAAAAGGCUAUAAGGAAACAGAGGUUCAAAGAAAAAUCAGCGAUCUUUCAACAUUGAUUAGACCUAGGUUAGGUUGUUGUAUCUAGUCCAUAAGCUGUUACCAUGUAAUAAGUUUAAGAUAUAUAUUAUACAAUGUAUCUUUUAAAACAAUUACGUAUAAGUUAAAUGUCGUUAGAGUUUUCGUUUAUCAUAGGGAUAUGUUUACAUUUUUCUAGAAGAUUUCUGAAAAAAAUAUUACAGCUAUAUUGCUGAAACUGUUAUUUCGAUAUUUAGUCCGAUCACCUUGAUGAAUUCCAAUCUUUUACGUUUACGACACGUAAGCGCAAAAAGCAUUUGUUUGAUGACUUACGCUUUGCUCAAUGCGUUACGAAUUUUGAUGCAUAGUGGUGAACUAGUUUCCAUCUAGGUCCCGGGUAAUAUCACAGAAUAUAUAUAUUUUAAGUGUAUUACUUGUUAAGUAUAUGUAUGAGAGAUAUAUAUUAAGAAGUUUAGUUACUUUUUCAAAAUGUAAUAAUUGUAGGUUACUGUCUAAACUUUAAGAAAUCUUUAUCUAUUUCUAAUUUUGUAUUUUUUUGUCUGAAACAUUACAUUAAAAACAAACCAAAGUGGAAAUUCGAUUUUAAACCUAAAUUCUUUAUAAAUCAUAUUUGUAUAGAUUAGGCCAAGCUAUCCAAAAGGAUAUUAUUUUAUUUAUUAUGGAAAUUAAAUUUGUACAUACAAAAUUAAA